AUGACCCUGCAUCCUCUCCUCUUCCUGUCCCCCAUCCUUGGGCUCCUGGUGCUGCCUUGUCUGUCAUCCCAUGUGGCCAGCCAGUUCAGCAUUGUGGCCAGCCGGACAAUGACUGAGCAAACCCAGUGCUCUGAAGCAUGUAAGUUUGAAUCAGAGAAUCAACAAAUCAGGUGUGUUGCCACACGUGAAAAGUGAAAACACACAUAAAUACUAUAUUUUUGCUCCGACUCUAUUAUUUGACUGAAAACGUAUCAAAUAUGUUCUGGUUGUGGAAUGUACACCAGUUCACUAAAGCUCACCAAUGUUUGAUACAUUGUUGUCUUACUUCUUCUCAUAGAAAUGUUAGUCACUUAUAACCUGAAGAAGCUCUUAUAGAAAAAGAUCAGCUGCAUGCAUGCUACCUACAUACUUCUCAAAGACUACCUCUUGGAUAAAGCAGGAACACUGCUGAUAUGGGAGUAGCCAUAAUGUUAUCCCCCCCCCCCCAAAUCACAUCUCUCUACUGAAGGACAUAUCAUUUCAAAGCAACCAUGUGUUUCAGAUUUAAGAUGAAAGGGAUUCUUAGGCCUUGCUGUGUUGUGUAUGAGCCUGGCGCUGCUUUGGAGAGCCUUGCCCCUUGAGUCUUCAGGCUGCAUUUACACAGGCAGCCAAAUUCGGAUAUUUUUUCCACAACUUUUUCUUUUGCCCAAUCACAUCGCGUCUUUUCAAAUCAGAUCUUUUUCAGAUCUGAUUGUUGAAAAUACCAAUUAGUGGGGGAAAAUAUCAGAAUUGGGCUGCCUGUGUAAACGCAGCCUUUGUCAUGACAUUUUAUUUUGUAAAUUAAAUCUUACAAUACUUAUUGCCGCACCACCUGAGUCUGGUCGGAUUUAUGCAGCAAAUACAUAGCUACAUAUAACCCAAAGGCAGUUGUUAUCUCCAUGGGAGGAGUUAGUUGUAAAUGGCCCAGCCUUCUUCCAGUUCCACCACAUGAUCCACCCUAAACAAGCGACAGGGUUUCCUAGAGGCAAUGUGGGUUGAAAGUAGUGGGGUAUGAAAACAAGGUUGGUAUUACCAUCUGGAAGCAUGUAAUGUGUGGUAUGACAGAGGGCUAUAAAUACAUAAUCAUUUAGCAUUCCAGCUUAGAGACCUCUGUGUUUGGGACACGUCGUGCCCCUAGCAUAGGGUGACCCCCUAGUAACUUAAGAGGAAGGGGCGUGAGGGGCAGUCUGCAACUUUGAUUUUCAUAUCCCCUCACUCUGCUUUCCCCAACUCACAACCCUCCACACUCUUUUCCCGUACCAUUUGGAACAGCUGGGUAAUCAUUUAAAACACAAAGCAUCUGGCCUUCCAGUUAGUUUACUAUCACUGACCAGGAAUGGCUCUCUAGGCCAGACUUUGUUUUUCUCUCUCUUCUUGCUCGAUCAUUAUUUCACCUGAAGUUUUUAACCGCAAAGGAGUUUUGAUGCCUCCGUGCCUAGCAGCAGCUUUAAAAUAAGGCAGGAGAGGAGACAGACUUGAGGUCGCACAACUCGCUCUGCCUCCUCUCACAUUGACUCCCCGGUGGGGCCAGCUCCUCUCUUCGGUGCAGGCCCAGGGCUGCUUCUGCUCUGCUGCUUUUCCCCGCCUGUUAUGCUCAUCAGUAGGUCUGCUCUGCAGUGGGAAGAGAGCCAUCAGGCGUGCACGGCUGGAUGUUGAGGCUGAGGUGUGCUGGAGCUAUCUCCUCAGUCACACACAAGAGUUUGGAAGGGAUCAAAGGAGGCGUAAACAGGCCUGUUUUUCUCCCAUCUGUUUCUGUAAUGGAUCCCAGAUCUCCUGAAAAACACGGACUGUGGUUGCUGAGACUGUCAGGGUGAAAUUAAAUAGGAGUAGUACUGAAAAAUAGAGUAAAAACAACCGUAGUCCCCGGGGUGAACAUUUUAAAAGGAAUUCCCAGGGCUGAUUGUGGCACAUUUUUGGAAGACAUGUUUGGAUAACUCCAGAAAAGUAUUGUUAGUUGUUGACCAGCUAUAUUUAUGUUGCCUGCAUAACAAAUGCUCUUGGUAGGUGCCAUUCUUCGGUCUGAAUUUAUAUAUGUCUGAACAUUUUACUGAAUUAAUUUGAGACAUACAGAAUGUGACCGUGCCAGGAAUCUUGCUCACAAUUAAGUGUAGAGGGGUACAAUUUCUGGCUUAAUAUUGUAUAUGAUUUUGACUGCAUGCAAGAUUUCCUUAUCAUUACAUUUUUGUUGUGUUUAUUCCACAGGCUCACUCAAUACAGCAUGUGAUCAUGCUUUCUUUUGGAAAGAAAAGUCCACCUGCUUUUUCUUGACGUGUCCAAAUGGCACCAACUGCAACAGUAUCUCCGUCACUGACCUGAUCAGGAAACAAGGUGUGAACACAAUGCUGCAAUAUAUAAACAUUGUGGAAUGUUUAUUAGCCUCUUUUUACCAUCAAUAUUAAUAUUAUUAGUUGAUAAAUCUAGUUACUGAAUCUUUUGGUUUCCAAGGGUUGUAAAUGAACAAUCUAUUUUGUGAUUGUAAUGCCUUUACAUUUGUCACAGUAUUUUAAAUACCUUUUCCCCCCAGAUACAGACAUCCGUGUUUUUAAGAGAGAAACUGGAACAGCCACUCAGUCUUCAAAUUCCAGUUCCAGAACUCCAUCAGAACUUAAGAACCCGACUGCUCAUAAAUUGAGCAAUAACAGUGAUGAUGGUCAGGCGCCGACUGUUGGAGACUCUGCUGUUGUCUCAGCUGCAUCUACCAUGACUGAGGUACCCAUGCCAGCUCCCAAGGAUGACGCCGCAACUACAGUAUCUGACACAAAGGGCCAAAGCCCAGUGACAACCACAGCCACUUCAGUAAAGCUGGAAUCUACUACUGUUAGGACUCCCAAAGCCCAGACCACUUCACCAGCCAUCCCACAGAUAACGACAACAAUGGAAUCAGAAACAACAACCACUACAACUACUACCACCACAACAGCAAUGCCAUCUACUACCAACACCACCACAACACAACCAACUACCACCACCACAACAAUCCCAUCAACUACUACUACUACCACCACAACAGCAACGCCAUCUACUACCAACACCACCACAACACAACCAACUACCACCACCACAACAAUCCCAUCAACUACUACCACCACCACCACAAUAAAAACAACAGCAUUACCGUCAACUACCACUCCAAAAACAACAACAACAACCACCACCACCGCAGACACGUCUACAGAUGAGAAGAAGAAGCCAUCACCAACCAUUCCGGAGGCACCCAGCACUCGAGCUACCUCCAGAAACUCUAUGGUUCCUUCAACCGCCACUGCUGAGGUCGGCACAAAAAGGCUGGACGGAGGCACCAACACCAACAGAGCCAUUAUAGACGUUGUUGCCGGCGAGAUUCUGACUCGCCAGUUGGUGGACACAAGUGCUCUAUUGGCUGUCCUGUUGUUUGGCCUCCUCUUCUUCCUAGUUACGGUUGUCCUCUUCCUCACACAGGCAUAUAAGAGCUACAGGAGGAAAGACUACACCCAGGUGGACUAUCUCAUCAAUGGAAUGUAUUCUGAUUCAGGGGUUUAA